UGUGAAAAACAAGUACACUAACAAGCAUUUAUGCUCGACCUGGUCGAAAAUCUAGGGUAUCCAAUUCCCCCGACCACCUGUCCCAGAUACCCAGAAGUUCGGUUCUCGACCUGUAUAUGUAAGUGCUUCUACCAGAACUUAGUUUUGUCUACAUGUCUCUGCACUGCACACUUAACUCUGAAGAAAUCCUAGUUUCACUUCACAAGUUCACAUCCUCGAGUUUUAGGUGAAAAGCUAUCAAUCAUGCAAUCUGCUCAUCAGCCAAGAAUGGUCGCAUCGAGCAAGGUCAUCAAGGUCGGGCCGUGGGGAGGCCGCGGAGGGAGCCCGUGGGACGACGGUCCGCACCGGGGCGUCCGGAGCAUCACCGUCACGUGGGACCGGUUGCUGGAGUCGAUGCAGGUGGAGUACGUCGACAGGAGCGGCCGCCCAGUCCUCGGCGAGAAGCACGGCGGCGGGACGCGCCGCAGCCGCUCCCAGAAGAUCGAGCUGGACUUCCCGUACGAGUUCCUGACGGGCGUCAGUGGCUGCUACGGCGCGGCGCACGGCGGGUCGCCGCCGGUGGUCCAGUCCCUGACGUUCGCGACGAGCCGGUGGACGGUGCACGGGCCGUUCGGGGACGCGGGCGCGGAGGGGACGCCGUUCUCGUACCCGAUGGAGGGCGGCGUGGUGGUCGGGUUCACGGGGCGGAGCGGCUGGCACCUCGACGCCGUGGGCCUGCACGUCGCGGCGCUGCGGCCGGAGACGCUCUGCUAUGUGGUCCAGGAGCGCGGGCUCGCGGCGUACCGGUCGUUCGUCCACGGGAGCGGCGGGGCGCGGCAGCCGCACGGGGCGACGCAUCAGAACAAGAAGCCGUUCGAGUGGUGCUACAAAUAGCCGAAUCGAGCCGAACCGCACUGAAGUGUUUCAUGAGCGUGACCCCCCCCCCCCCCCCCCCCCCAACACUAAAAAAGAACCCAAUUAAAGGCCGUGCAGUCGCCUACUCGCCUAUCACAAGAUAAGAGCAAGCCACUUAACUUAGAGGGUAGUAAUCCCUAUCAAUACAUACUCUCUCAUCCCAAAUAUAAGUCAUUAGUAUAUUGUAUGACAUUUUAAUUAA